GUCCAACAUCAUUACCUUGAGGAAUGAUAACUUCACUUCCUCCUGUACUCAAUCCAGGAUUUCGCGGCAACAAUUGACGAAUCCUCACAUUUCGUACUCAGACGUUGAAAUUGUUUGUCCUUCCCUGAUGACAUGAGUAAUGUCUGAAUCACCAGAACAAGAUCCCCACUCCUCCUAUGUUGUGCUUCUAUCCGGCACUCAUGUCACCGGCAAAGAGACCCUCGCAGUGUCCUUAUCUAAUUCGUUAGGCUGCCCGUGGUUGAAAGCUGAGAUGGUACACAACUCAGCAACGUUCGGAGCUCGUUCUCAAGCAAAGCGAGGCCUCAACUACGGAGAAGUCUUUGGACGGAUCUGGUACUCUAAGUUGCGACGGAUUGGCUUCUUAUCGGAUGGAUAUGAGUCUGAUGGCGAAGGAGAGGUCGAAGCUCCAGGAAAGACGACAACAGCUCCCAGGAGAUUGGGGGCAGAGUGUACGGCGCUCAUAUCUUGCUAUGCGAUGCGCAAACCAGCACGAGAUGCUAUUCGAGAUGUCAUGAUGGCGCACUCCAUCAGAUCCAUAUUCGUUAUCUUAAACAUUACGAAAGAGACCUUGUCUGGAAGGACGCUGGGUGCAGAAGAACCCGAACUGGCUGAAAGGAUCAUGGGAGAAAAGAUUGAGGAUAUUCAAGAGCCCCUGGAGGAAGAGAAGGAUAUCAUAUUGGUCGACUCGACUCGGGAUGUUGAUGCUCUAUUUGUAGAGAUAAAGGAGCGAAUCCUUCAGCAGCUUUCAGUCACGUGAAAGCGACUUGGGGAGCAUACCUACCUAGGUAAUACCACCAUUGGGCAGCUUGUGAGUAAUUGAGUGAACGGCUGUAUUGUUUUAAGGUAGAAAACACGGCCCAUGAUGUGGAAGGAGAAUAAGGUGAGCUUUCGUUUGAGAUGUUCCUGCG